AUGAUGCCGUUGAUAGGAAAUCCCUGGAUUAAUGAUGCUACAGAUUUAAAAGGGAUAUUUGAUUACUUUUGGACUCAUGCUUUGAACUCAGGUGAAACUCAUGAGUUGAUUGACAAGUACUGUGACUUCAAUUCUGAAAAUGAAUCAGCAAUAUGUACCAAUGCAACAAUAAGAGCUUCAAAUGAGAUAGGACACAUAGAUUUCUAUAACACCUAUGCUCCACAGUGUCAUGAUUCUUCUCUCAAAAAUGGUUCAACUGGUUAUGUAAGUAACGAAUUUGACCCUUGUUCUGAUUACUAUGGUAUUGCCUAUCUAAAUACACCAGAGGUCCAAAAGGCUCUUCAUGCAAUACCUACUAAUUGGACCUAUUGCACUCGUGUUAUUCGUAACUGGAUAGACAGUCCAGUUACUGUCCUUCCCACCAUCAAGUAUCUCAUAGACAGUGGCAUUAAAAUAUGGAUAUACAGUGGUGAUACAGAUGCAAGGGUUCCAGUAACAUCUUCAAGAUAUUCAAUCAACACUCUUAAGCUUCCUAUCAACUCCGCUUGGCGACCAUGGUAUUCUGGAAAAGAGAUUGGAGGAUAUGUUGUUGGAUACAAAGGUUUGACAUUUGUUACAGUAAGAGGAGCCGGACAUCUUGUUCCAAGCUGGCAGCCGGAAAGAGCUUUGACUUUGAUCUCAUCAUUCAUCUAUGGAAUUCCGCCUCCUGUUUCACCAUCAAAUUAA